GGAUUACUCGACCCGCGACCCGUUUCAACUGCGGGCAUUUCACAUCCUAUCGAGUAUCGAGUUCUUGGUCUCGACAGUCUUGGAAUCGGAGUCUCUGCCACUGCACCAUCGAUGAAACAAUGAACUCAGCUGCUGCAGCUGGAAGACGACUCUUUGAGGGAGUAGGUGAUGGCCGGUUUUGUAUCAACACUGAGAAAUGGAAGCUAUUUCUGGUGGUCGUUGCCGCACUAUUGGCAUCGUUGGCUUUCAAAUCUAAUGCAUCGGAGACAAUUGGAGAGUGGCAAAUUCUUACCAAACAUAAUUUUUCUUCUCAGAUCAGACUUCAUCCGCAUAUUCUGCUUCUCGUCACACUGCCUUGGUCUGGUGAGUCACGAGCCCUAAUGAGAGAUAUAGCACAUCUGAUUGAAAAUAAAAAAGAAAGCUAUAGUUCAUUAAAGCUGAUGUUCAUGUACAGAAACACGGAGAAGAUGUUAGUACAUGCAAUUGGUGCUACAUCAGAGGAGACAAAUGUUAUUUUCUACCAUCAUUCUGUAUCUUACAAGUAUCAAGGGAGACUAACGGCCCAAAAUAUAGUAUUCUCAAUUUAUCCAUCCAUGUCACUAUUGCCUGAAGAACUCCCCUUUACGCUCUUGAAUACCCCCGAGGACUUGAAGUCCUUCCUUGAUUCAACUGAUAGGGCCUUGCUUCUCAUGGAAUUUUGUGGAUGGACCCCAAAAUUGCUGUCCAAGGGGAUAAAGAGUAAUUUUACAGAUGAUCUUCUUGGAACAACUGAUGAAUGUGAUAGAAUUCAAACAUCGAGAGGGAAGAAUAACAGCAAGUCUUGGAACAAGAAUACGGACAUGAUGUGUAGUAUUGAAAAAGGAUAUGAUGGAGUUCCUUGGCUUGGGGAGUUCAGUUCAGGAAAUGAAACUUCUUUUACAGAGACUAAGUCUACAAAUCAUUCUUUUCCAUCAUCCUGCAAUAUUGAAGACUUCGAGCGGUACAACUCUUUCUUCACAAAUUUAUUAGCUGUUGCCAGAGAACUCUUCCUGCCCAGAGAGAAGCAUGGGUUUGGUCUGAUUUCCAAUAGAUUGAUGCUUUCUUCUCUUGGAAUUGAAGAUUCGGAUUCGUGGUUUGCAGCACUUCGUUUUGCUGGAUGUCCCAGAUGUUCAAAAAUUCUGAGAGAAGGUGAUGACCUUAAGCAAAAUUUACAGAUGAAUAAUUUCAUUGUUUCAGAGCUUGAAGUAGAUGGGAGCAGUCAGCAGCCUGCUUUGCCAGUCAAUAAGCCAUCAAUAAUUCUAUUUGUGGAUAGAUCAUCCAACUCAUCAGAAUCUAGACGAGAAAGUAAGGUGGCUCUUGGUGACUUCAGAGAAUUAGCACAGCAGUAUUGCACUUCUUAUCCAAUAACUGAACCUUUGCUCCAAAAAUAUCCAAUUAUGAGAGGUACCUUGGAACCUCCCAGAUUAAAGUUGUCUCCAGCAUCUCGGUUGAUUAAAUUGGAGGAUAAGAUGUCUGCUGUCAUGAUUGUGAAUGAGGGAAAACUUGUCACUUUGGAUAAAUUAACUUCAGAACUGCAAGGAAAUUCAUUGCCUCAGAUCCUAUCACUGCUUCAGAAAAAGGAGGCUAAGUUAAGCUCCCUCGCAAGGAAUUUGGGGUUUCAGCUCUUAUCUGAUGAUAUUGAUGUUAAAUUAGCAAGUUCGUCGCCUGAGGUGACAGAAGUUCAACCUUUUGAAGUGUCACCAGAGAUAUCCCAGGAAGGCCCUGUGAUACAUAGUGUUCAACUGGAUGAAGAUCAGUCGAAUAAUGGCAGAUGUGUGUCCGCCAAAGAGCAUAUGGAAGCUUCAGAAUUCUGUACCGUUGAAUCUUCUCCCCUGCAAGAUAAUGAGAAGAGAACUAGCAUUCAUACAGUUGAGGAUCAUGAUUUUAUACAGUCUGAUGAAUCAGCUCCCCACCAGAAAUUAGAUGUUGCUCAAAACAUUAAAGUUGAAGAAAAAUCUUCUUUAACAAUGGAAACAUCUUUGGAUGAGAACCUCCACUUCCAAGGUUUUGAAGGUUCAUUUUUCUUCUCUGAUGGUAACUAUCGAUUACUUAAAGCUUUGACAGGUCAAUCGAAGUCCCCAGCUUUGGUAAUAGUUGAUCCCCUUCUGCAGCAACAUUAUGUCUUUCCAGUAGAGAAAACAUUAAGCUAUUCUUCACAGGCCGAUUUUUUAAGCAGUUUUCUCAAUAGAAGCUUACUUCCAUAUCAACACUCUGAGUCUGUUAUCAAGAGCCCUAGGGCAGCUGUUAGCCCACCAUUUCUUAAUUUGGAUUUUCAUGAGGUGGAUUCUGUUCCUCGGGUUACAGCUCUUACUUUUUCCAAACUUGUUAUUGGUUUCAACCAAUCUGAAUCCAUAAAUGAGUUCAAUGCAUAUAGCAAGGAUGUGUUGGUUCUGUUCAGCAAUAGUUGGUGUGGCUUUUGCCAGAGAACCGAAGUAGUUGUUCGUGAAGUUUAUCGUGCGAUCCAGGGUUCUGUUAAUAUUCUGAAGAGUGGAUGUGGAAAGGAAAAAAAAAUGUUAAGUGGACUAGUGUUUUUAUUCACAUUGCAUUUCGCAGAAACUCAGACAGAUCUACUAUCAAAGCUUCCGCUUAUCUACUUAAUGGACUGCACACUGAACGAUUGCAGUUCAAUUUUAAAGUCAAUUGAUCAGAGAGAAGUAUAUCCUGCACUUUUGUUAUUUCCAGCAGAAAGGAAGAAAGCUAUAGUGUAUGAAGGUGAUCUAGCCGUAAACGAUAUUAUUAAAUUUGUGGCAGAACAAGGAAGUAAUUCUCAACAUCUUAUCAAUCAGAAGGGAAUUCUAUGGACAGUGGGCGAAAACCGAAUUGAACCCACCAAGUCAUUUGAAGAUGCAGGACCUACUCAUCUUCAGGAAAAGGAUGCUAUUCUGAAUGAAAAGUACCACGAAGUCCUAAUGACAGACAGGAAAGUGGAAAGUGCUACAAGAUUCAGUCACAUAAACCUCCAUAUCGCAAACGGCGAGGAUGAUUUCGCACCUCCUAUAACUGUUGGAUCGAUUUUAAUCGCCACCGACAAGCUUGUUGGUUCACAGCCUUUUGCUAAUUCUCAGAUUCUGAUUGUGAAGGCAGAUCAAACCAUUGGUUUCCAUGGCCUGAUAACCAACAAGCACAUCAGAUGGGAUUCUCUCCAAGACUUAGCAGAAGGUUUAGACGUGCUAAACGAGGCGCCAUUGUCUCUUGGGGGACCACUCAUAAAACGCAAAACGCCUCUCUUGGCCUUAACUCAAAGAGUUUCUAAAGACCUGCAUUUCGAAGUCCUACCGGGCAUCUACUUCCUGGAUCAGGUAGCUACAGUACAGGAAAUAGAAGAGAUCAAGUUAGGGAAUCACUCAGUUACUGGAUAUUGGUUUUUCUUGGGUUAUUCAAGUUGGGGUUGGGAUCAGCUGUAUGAUGAAAUUGCUGAAGGAGCUUGGAGAUUAUCCGACGAUAGCACGAGUUACUUAGAAUGGCCAGAAGUUUGACAACUUUUUGCUGCACCAUAAGAGCUUUUAGAGCUAACAAAACAGGUCAGUGCACACAACUAAUUCAUACAAAAUGAGACCAUUUGAUUUGCAAGAUUGUCAUGUUCAUGAUGUACAAAUUUGGUGUGGCUGGAUUUUUGUAAAAUUGCUUUUGUAGGUAAUUCAUUCCCACAACCUAACCUCUAUCCAUGUUCCUUGAGUAUAAGGGGGUUUUUGUUUUUAA